UAACUUCCUGUAACUUCUCAUUGGGUUGUAAAACUACCAAUAGAUGAAGUUAUGAUACUGUGGGACCGGUAGAACGGGCUAUCAGACUUUAAACUCUGAAGACAUAUGUUUUAAUAAUGGUUAUCAAACCGUAUUACCUGCGAUUUAAAUCUUUUGUUUACAAGUAUUCAGAAAAAUGGUUUGACCUCAGUCAUUAUCAAGGCAGAGUUUGUUUUGUUUCUGCGCCGUCUUCUGGUCGGACAACCGUCAACGCUUCAGGGUGUUCCCAGCGGAAAAACACCAGAAAAACUCUUUUUAGUUUCUGUGCGGAGCCGCCAUGGUCAGAAAAACGAGGAUUUAUACGUCGAUACGGGACGACCCGGAAGUCCGUAAGAGAGUUGAGUACUUCAGCUGUAUCCCUCCAGUACAACCUAAACACAGAUGUUCCAAAGUCUGAGGGACGGAAACUGUUUUUUGACACACAUGCUGUUGUGCGACUUUUUGAAGAAAAUGGUUUCACUACUCAGCAGGCUGAGGUGAUGGUUCAGGUGCUAGUCAAGAUGACAAACUCAAACAUGGAUGCCAUCUAUGGUGACAUGGUCACCAAAGUACAGCAGGAGAUUAUGUUGCAACGUGUGAUGUCUCAAAUAGCAGCUGUAAAAAAGGACAUGAUAAUUCUUGAGAAAAGUGAGUUCUCCACUUUGCUGGCAGAAAAUGAAAAACUCAAGAUCCAGUUAAUGCAGCUCAAGGUUCAACUGGCUGACAUAAUGAACAAAGUGCGCUCAGACAGUCUUUUGGAUAUGAAUUUGGAGAAAAGUCGAGUAAAGGAAUUGAAAGCAGAGCAUGAGAAGAAGCUUCUAGAAACACGAACUGAGAUUAUGGAAAUGACGGCGGAACAUGAUCGUCAUAUAACUCAGACCAACAUGAGGAUCGACACUGAAGUGGCUGGUUUGAAAACCAUGUUAGAAUCUCACAAACUGGACACUAUAAAAUACCUUGCAGGUUCAAUAUUCACCUGUCUCACUGUGGUCUUGGGUUUCUAUCGUAUUUGGAUGUGAACCAGCGUUGCCAGAUGACAACUGUUUUAUUGUACUAGAGGGGGUUAAAGUUAAAAAUGUUGUUAGUGGGUACUACAUUGGGUCAAAAAAACUAAUUCAACAGUAAAAGUCCGCAAAGUAAUGGUGUAAAUGUGUUUAGAAAGACUCAGGUGCAUCGUUAAAUGAGAGAAAGAAAACAGAGAGACUUGCACAAAAAAAUCCAAAAUAAAUGUCCCAAAAAUAUAAACUAUUCGGAAAGCAACUCAGCCAGUUUUAUUACAAAAGUAAAAAUCUGGUGUUAAUUUACAUAUAACACAAAUGCAUUUUAACCCCAUAGAAUCUUGGUCAUCCUCUUCCCAGUAAAAGGUUUAAUCUGCAUAAAUAUACUAUUGAUAUUCAAUAUUCAAUAUAAAAUGCCUAAAAAUAUUAAUAGAGAGGACAAUUAUUAGUGUACAUUUGAUAACACCCAAAAAAAUGUACUGCAUAAAUAUAGUAUUGAUAUUCCAUAUUCAGUAUGAAAUAGCUAAAACAUUUAUUAAUAUAGAAGAUAUUAGUUAAGGACUUUAUAUGACUGAGUUGCUUUUAGCAAUAUAAGAUCCAUACUUAUCCAUAAUUAUCCUGAUUGUGUCAAGAAAUGAAUCUUAAUUAUUUAACCUAAACUGAUGAAAACCAUUAACAGCUGUCAACAAGCGAUAAAAUGACUGUACAUUUGAUAUUACUGGUCAUAGAUUGUACAGAGGGCCAAGCUAUUGUAAAAAUACAACAAUUUUUGCACAUUUAAAAAAACUGACAUGAACAGAAUUUCACUUAUGACUGUUUUAUGACAUGGGUAACACUUGAAGCUUCAGUUCUCUUUAUGCCUUGAACAACAACCUUCAUGAUCGUAUCGUAUUUGACCUCAUCUCAGUGCCUUUUAUUAAACAGUAUGUUUGCAUUAGCAAUGCAAUCUCUAUUUCAGUAUUUUCUGACAAUUAGGAAUCAUGAAGGAGUUAUGAAGGACAGACUCUGAUUUUUAAUACAUGAAAAUUUGGAUCCUUUUUUAUUGCAGAUGAUGCAAUUAUUUAUUUAGGAUCAGACACUCGAUUCUAGUUUUUAGCUGUUCAUUGUUAGGUUUUGAGACUAAAAAACUUAUUUUUGUUCUCCCUUUAGCCAUGUUCUACUGAAAACAACACAAAAAUAAAUGGCUGAUAAUGUUUUGGAAUGUGUAAAUAUGUAUAUAACAUACGAUACUAUGUACAAUAUCAGUAUACCACUGUGUAUAUGAUGCAAGGACUGAAACCCACUGAAGGGUUUAAUGUGUGUAAUUUUUAUCCAUUCCGUUGCAUUACAGAUCACUGUAUUCAACUGCCUUGUUUGUGUGAAUAGUUGAAUAAAAGUAAUGCAAUAAAUGCAAAGUAUGA